UCGUUGUCAAAAUGGUUUUGUUAUUCAUAUUCUUCCGUAGGGAAAAACAAAUAAUUUGUUGAAAUUAUACCAAUAUAAUUUAAAUACAAUCAUAUUAAUAUAACUAGUUUGGAUUUUAUUUUACUAUAUAAAAUUAGAUGACUUAAAUCCUUCCAAGCUAAGCCCUUGUGGUAAAUUAAUUAAGUUUUUUGUGUUAUCAGUAAAUUAUCAUUAUUUGGUGUAUUUAUUUGUUAUUCCACAAUGUCGGCGCUGUUAACUGCGGACUGGUUCCAGUUGGAUUCCUACUACAGGCGUUUAGAGGUUUACAACAUGAACUGGUCCAUGGACGAAGGUUUAGACAACAUGAUAAUCAGUGGAGCCCCAUAUGGAGGGCCUAUUGCAGUGGUGCGGGACCGAAAGCAGUUUGGUAGGAUUGCAACCACUGCCAAACCUGUCAUAACAAUUUACAACUGUGUAGGGAAUGUUAUAUCAAAGAUUUUGUGGAACAGUGGAGUCCUGGUCCACAUGGGCUGGUCAGACGGGGAGCAGCUGCUGUGUGUUCAGGAGAGUGGAGAUGUGCUUGUUUAUGAUAUGUUUGGGGCCUACCAGAAGACAUUCAAUAUGGGGCAAGAAGUUAGGGACACUAAGGUCAGCAAAGCACAGCUGUUCCCGAACCCUCAUGGCGUGGGACUGGCUGUAAUGACUACGACCAACCGCAUGUUCCUGCUCAGCAACAUCUCUGAGCCCAAAGUCAGGCCAGUGCCAGAUCUGCCACGGGCCAGUGAACCAAUCACGUCGUGGUGCGUUCUCAGCGCGGGCCUUCGCUCGUCGGCCGUCAUCGGCUUCCUCGUGUGUCGCAACAAGGAGAUAUACAAGUGCCAGUUGGGAGAGCCCAGGCCUGUGCUCAUGCGUCCGGAAAUCCGGAAUCCAUACACGCAGGUGCUGUGCAUCGUGCCCUCGCAGAACGGGCGGCACGUGGCGCUCUUCACGGACUCGGGGUUCCUGUGGAUCGGCUCCUCCGACUUCAAAAGCAAAUAUGCGGAGAUCGACACCGGCAGUAUCAAGCAACCCAAAGAACUCGUUUGGUGCGGCUCCCAAGCCGUGAUAGCCCACUGGGACGACAUGCUCUGCAUCUUCGGCUCGAAAGGGCAAAAAACGGAGUUCCCCUACGACGGCCCGUUCCACGUCAUCCCCGAGAUGGACUGCGCGCGCGUUGUGUCGCAGUAUACACACGAGCUCAUUGAGAAAGUGCCAGUCGUCAUUGAGAAGAUAUUCAGGAUCGACAGCACCGCACCUGGUUCAUACUUGGUUGAGGCCUCGAAACAAUUUCAGAAACGCAGCCACAGGGCCGACGAAUACAUCCGCCUGGUGAAGCCCGAUUUAGCGAAAGCGGUGCAGGACUGCAUCGACGCCGCCGCCUUCGAGUUCGAGCCCGACGUGCAGAAGAUGCUCAUUCGGGCCGCGCAGUUCGGCAAGGGCUUCCUCGUGGACCAGCAGCUGACGGAGCACUACGUGCGCACGUGCCGGUGGCUGCGCGUGCUCAACGCCAUCCGCGACCCCAAGGUGGCCAUCCCGCUCACGUUUUACCAAGUCCAAAAUCUAGGAGAGCGGAUACUACUGGACCGAUUGAUCUGGCGACGGCUGCACUGCCUCGCGUUACACAUAGCAGACUAUCUACAGAUGAAGGACGGGCAGACCCGCGUGCUAUCACACUGGGCCUGCUACAAGGUGACACAACCUCACCUGGAUAACGAGAGCGCAGCGCGCGAGAUUGGGGAGAAGCUGCGCAACGUGCCCGGCAUCUCCUAUACCACCAUCGCCAAGAAGGCCUCUGACAAGGGGCGGAAGGCACUCGCCAUCAAGAUUUUGGAGUACGAGAGCCACAGCAAGCUGCAAGUCCCGUUGCUGCUGCAACUGGGCGAGGGCCCGACGGCGCUGCUCAAGGCCACGGCCAGCGGCGACACCGACCUCGUCUACAUAGUACUUCUACAUUUGAAGGAGAAGAUGGGCAAGCACGAGUUCGAGCUGACGAUCCGCAGCUUCCCGCUGGCGCACGCGCUGUACAUCAAGUACUGCGGCACGCACAACCGCGAGGCGCUGCGCAAAGUGCUGGUGCAGGAAGACGACUUCCCCGCGCAGGCCGCCGCGCACGUGCGCGACGCGUGCGGCCCCACACAACCAGGGCAAGCUGAGGCCGCGCUCAUAUCCGCCAGGGAGUGCUACAAGAAGGCCAAGAACGACUUAGGCGUGGCCAUCUGCGAGGACGCCCGCAAGCUAUGUAAGCAACAGUCCAGUCUACAGGAGACCUACGGCGAGAGCUUCGUAGGGCUAUCUCUACACGACACCGUCAAGAAACUGCUCGAGCAGGGCGAGAUCAAACUUGCAGACAAACUGCGCUCAGAAUACAGAAUGCCGGACAGAAGGUACUGGUGGCUCCGCAUCCUAACUCUAGCAGAGAAGGACGACUGGGACGAGCUCGACCGCUUCUCCAAAUCCAAGAAGUCGCCGGUCGGCUACGAACCGUUCGUGGACGCGUGCCUCGAGCACCGCAAGAACGACGAGGCGCUCAAGUACCUGCCGCGCUGUAGGGACGAGAUCAAAGUCAAGUACUACGUCAAGGCUGGUUUUUACGAGGAAGCCGCACUAGUGGCCUUCGAACAAAGGGACCAGAACGCUCUGUUCUACGUGCAGAACAAGUGCCCAGUGAGCGAAUCGACUAAACACGAGAAAAUCGCUGCGCUUUUAGACCAGCUGGCCACUAGGAAAUAGCCUAAAUGUUCGCGAUUAAAGGGUUCUGAGAGAAGUGUUUACACUAGAUGUGCAGUACCAUAGUACACACUGUUAACUACACGGGAGCACUAAUACGCCAUGUUCUGUUCUCUGUGAACACUGUAGUUUUUAGGGUUCCGUACCCAAAGAGUAAAACGGGACACUAUUACUAAGACUUAGCUGUCCGUCCGUCCGUCUCUCUGUCUGUCCGUCCGUCUGUCACCAGGCUGUAUCUCAUAAACCGUGAUAGACAGUUGAAAUUUUCACAGAUGAUGUAUUUCUGUUGCCGCUAUAAAAUAAAUAUUUAAGGGGGCUCCCAAGUCCCAGACAACAAACAUGAUUUUUUUGCAGUUUGUAUAGAUAAUGGUACGGAACCCUUCGUGCGCGAGUCUGACUCGCACUUGGCCGGUUUUUUUAAAUAAAUUUUUAGUAAACUUCGGACUUUUCGGAGGAUAAGUCUCGCAGUGUUCCGGCCGUUUUCACUUUUCUAGCGGCAUUUUUGACAGUUUUAGUUUCUGGAGAAAAUCGGUUAAGGUGCUGUAAAAAUAGUACCCUUUGAUAUUAUUCUGUUGUCGAAUAUAUUCUGUCAAUAGUCGAAAUAUCUAGUUUUGAGACGUGUAAACCAAAAUGUAUUAUGUAUAACUAUAAUUUUAAGUUAAGACUACAUUCUCAAUAUUUAUAAUAUUUUAUACGACAAGGUAAAUAUGUAAAUAAAAUACAAUAUGAUGGC